UUACCUGAAGUUGUGCUGUUUUGGCAAUAAGAUUCUUGCCGCUUCUGAGUGCUAGAGCGGGCGGUUUGGAAUCACAUUUUCUGGCAGUAUAUAUUACACUAGGAGAAACACCCUAUCCAACACGACUUUCAGGAGAAGUUUCUACUAAAACAAUAUGAGCAAUACGACAGCGGUGGCCGCUCCGGACCGGCCUUAUUAUGUCAUUGCUGCUAUAGACGCACAACCUUACGUGCGGAUAGUAGACGAGGCAUCUGGACGAAGACGGUUUGAUGGCUUCAUGAUUGAUAUCAUCAAUGAAAUAUCCGGUCUGGUAGGAUUUGAUUACCGUAUUCGUGCUACACCUGAUGGUAGAUAUGGACAUAAACUACCCGAUGGAACUUGGACCGGUAUGGUCGGAGAUAUCCUCCGUGGAGGAGCCGAUAUAGCAACGGGACCUUUACAGAUUACACUUGAACGAGAAGAGGCUGUGGAUUUUUCAAAACCUGUCUUGACCAGCUCCUCCCGACUUUUAGUUAAAAAACCAGAAAUGCAAUGGGAAGGACUCGGCAUUCUUGCCCAACCAUUUACUCAUGAGUUGUGGUUCUUCAUUUUGUUAGCCAUUAUCAUCGUUAGUGUUUUAUUCUACUUGAUCUCAAGAUUAAGUCCGUACUCAUGGUUGAAGAAAUUACCAGAAAAAGAUAGAAGAUUUGCUGUUGAUACCUUCAACCUUAAAAACAGUUUUCUAUUUGUAUUUAGUACCUUAACAUGGCAAGGUUACAGAGAAGCGCCUAGGUGUUUCUCUGGUCGUGUUCUAGCAGCCUUUUGGUGGAUCUUUGCCUUUUUCAUGAUUAUAGCUUAUACUGCUAACCUUACAGCCUUUCUGUUAGUAAGACGAAAUGUCAUUGCCGAUAUGCCUUACAAGGAUUAUAACGAUUUAAUAAGACAAAAUGAAGUUUCUGUCGGGGUUGUCAGAAACAGCUUUGAAGAAGGAGCUUUAGAACGCAUGUCUUCAAUCAGCAAUUUUGAGCUUUGGGAUUACGUCAAGAGAAGAAAUACCUUUGUGGAUACCUUAGAGGACGGUGUCCUGCAAGUUAAAGUAUCUGAUGGUCGUUAUGCUCUACUAGUUGAUUCUACAGAUGGUGACUUUAUUACUGGGGAUAACUGUGACUUGGGCAUCUUCGGAGAUAAGCUCAACUCCAUCAAUUUGGCCUUUGCUUGCAGGAAGGGAAGCGGCAUCUGUAGCUCUUUAGAUAGAGGACUGUUGUCUUUGAGGGAAACUGGUCGUGUUAAGGUUAUCUACAAUAAAUGGUUUAGAAGUGGUGUUUGUGCCAAGGAUGACACAGGAAAUGUUAUUACGGGCACCGAUCCAGCACCUUUCAAUGUUUACUCCCUUUCCUACCGAGAGUUGUCCAUAGCCUUGAUUCUCCUCUUCCUGGGAGCACUAGUCGCCUUUGCCAUCCUCAUCGGAGAGAUAAUCUUUGUUCGUCUCCGGGAAAAGAAAGCAACAGAUAAAGCCACCAACCAACAAGCUGAAGAUGACGUAGAGAAGCAAGAGUUGAAAGAGACAGAGGGCAGCCCCCCACAAGAUGACGCAAGUCCUGUUGAACCACAAGAAGAAGAGACCAAACUAGUAACAUCCGAUGAACAAACAACAGAACCAGCAGCAGCAACACCAGAAACUCGACCUGCUGAUGCUCAGUAAUAGUUCAAUAGACUAAAAAAAGCAGUUUUAAUUUUCAUUUUCUUCAUUAUCUUUUCUUAAAAUAAUAACAAAAGAAGGAGAUCAAAGAGGACAUUUUGCUGAGAUAAAGAUUUCUCGAGAAGUUCAAGCAUUUCCUUCUUUUGAGAUAGACAUUUAAAGCGCUGGAUUAAAUGUAUUUUUGCUCACCGAAGUCUUUCUUAAUUUUCAGUGUUAUGUUGUUCUCUAUUUUUCUAAACCGAGUCUUCUCUCGGCAAACUGUCUUUUUUGAUGUUGUUGUGUAUGGAGGUAACUAAUAAUAUUGAAACAUUGUUCAUUGUUAAGCUCAGUCUGAAUUGGAAACGGUUAAUUAACAUGACUUACAGGAACGUGCAUUGUGAGAGUCGUUAAAUACGAAAGAACAUUAAAUUCAAAAUGUUGACUCCCCGAUACAAAGGGCAAUGAUUGCUGAAUGUCAUAUCAUCUUGUGCACUGAAUACUAGAGCUAAUAUGUGUACAAUAUGGUUAUAAUGAUAAUACCUACAUGUAUAUUUGCAAAUAAUAUUAAUAUAUAUGGUGCUAUUUUAUAUCGGAGCUAUAUUUAUAAAAACUAGAAUAUUUAUCCAAUCGAUCUAUAUACUCUUUUGUGUUAUGUCAUCUAAUUCCCAUACGUAAUUAUGGGAUGUUGCAAAAUAGAAGAAUAGUUCACAGAAAUCUAUACUUGAAAAGCCGAAAAGGGGGAUAACCUUACAAGUUGAUAAGGGGAGGUAACCCUACAAGUUACCGUGAUUCGAAAUAAAUAAAACAAUGAAUAAAUCCAUCUGUGUAAAAUGCAACUAAACAGUAUUUAUUUUCUUUUUAAAAUUUAAUUUAUAUAUUAUACACUUUGUUGUACAGACUUCUAUUUUAGUUUGUUUUAAAAUUCAUUAGUUAACUGUGGUGUGCUUGUUUGUUGAUGUAAAUAUAUUAUAUAUAUAUAUACUAAUCAGAUAUUUUAUUUGUCCGUUUCUUAUAAUAAAGUGUGAUUACUGUCUUUAAUGGAUAACUUAAAAUUUACAAAAUCUCAGUAACUUUUCUAUUAAUACGGUGACAUAAAGUGAGUGAUUCCGUUGAGUUUGGGCUGAAUAAUUAGUGAUUAGUUUAAAGGAAAUAAAAACUUCUUUAAGCUGUCAAAUGUAAAUAAAUAACAAAAGUGAAAUGAAAUUUAAUUAGCAAGAAUAAGUACAAAUUCAAAUUAUCUGACAUCAAUUAUCAUUCGUUUUCUUUGAGCGUUAUAGAAAUCUUAUUUUGUUAACAAACCUAUUUUGAUUUAUUAGUAUUCUUUUAUAGUAUUCAGAUGAAUAUGGAGUUUGUAUUGUGAUGUUUAACUUCCUUAUACGAACUCAAUAAAACACGUUCAUUGCCACCAAAA